AAGCCUUUAAGGGUUUUCAAGACAACACAUCUGGUGUUAGCUGGAGGAAGUAUCAUGCAAACCAUGAUUUAUUAAAUAGACUGGAUGUUUUACUACACAGCUAAUGCACAUCAUGUAAAUUUAAAGCUAGGAUAGUGUCCGUCCCCCUCACCAGCAUGGUGCUCAGCAGCAGUGAGUCUCAGUGCUGCCUCUGCUGGCCACAUAAAAACCACCAAUGAUGAGUCAGGCUUAAAUGCACUGCUUGCAAAUUGAAGGCAUUCUCUAUGUUACAUUAAACUAACCCAAUGUCACUGAAGGUUUGAUACCCGACAUGACCCAGCUCAAGGUCAAACAUGAACAUACAUAUGUAUGUAUGCCGGCACAGCUGUAACCCUCUGCACUCAGAAUGACCAUCAAAUGGACAUUAAAUUAUCAUGUCCCAUCACUUUCUCACACUGGCUUAAUGUAAGGCAGGGAAAUGUGCAGGUUUAGUGAGCAGUGACAGGUUUCUUGGACUCCAAACAAAACAAUAUUUGAUUAACAGAAGUGGUAAUGACUGGAGUUAAAGAGGAUGUGUGUGUGUGUGUGCCUUUGAGAAUCAUCCAUGCCAAUCCACUUAAACAGACAGGCUGUUUUUUUUUAAAGAAUGGGGGGGGGGGCAUGGCCCUGUCACACCACUCUGCUCUGGCCCUGUAUAAACCACUCAGCAUAAAGCAGUGCUCAAGGUGGGUUUUCCCCAUUCAUGAAGCUAACCGUGAGUCAUCCCUGCAAGUGCUUUUGGCCAUUAAGCCACCUGCAGGACACAUUUUUACAACUCUCAUGCUGCAUCCACUGUUCCUAAAAAUAACCAGGCACAACCAUCCUGCCCCCCACCACCACCACCACCACCCCCACCCCUCUUUCCCCGCCACAUGGUUACAGUUAAGUACAUAAAUCAGGCGCCACUGCUGGUGUGAGAGAGAGCUGUAAGAGGCACACAGGAGGCACACAUGCACCUCACGCCGCCACGGCUCGUCGCUGCUACUGCAGCCGGUGCAGCGAAAGGAGACUCCACGGCUUUUUUGUUUUCUCCAUCACACGGAGACGGAAUGGCUUGAGAGCAGACAACACGGACUCGUCUCCAUCGGCUUAUGCACGAUGAUAUUCUGACUGUCUGCCUGUCUGUGUCCGUCCGUCUUGCCGCGAAUUGCUGCAGUGCUGUUUUUCCAGGUGUUGUGGUGUGUGUGUGAGUGUGUGUGUGUGUGUGUGUGUGUGUGUGUGUGUGUGUGUGUGUUUGUGUGCGUGCGUGCGUGUGUGAACGUGUGUGCAUGGUGGUGGUGGUGGUGGUGGCGGUGUAGCCUGGUGUUAUUUUCUUACGAAUUGGACUAAGCCGGGGAUCGGAGUCUGAUGUCACAUGUGCUUCAUCGGAGGAGACGGGGCAUCUGCAAGCUGGAUUUUGUGGAGGAUGCUGCGGCAAGUGAUACACAGAGGGCUCAAGGCUUCAUUCUACUGGCUGGGCUUAUUCGUUAGCAGGCAUCCCGUUUUCUUCCUCACCGUCCCCGCGGUCCUCACCAUCAUUUUUGGAUCUACCGUGCUCAGCCGCUUCAAGCCGGAGACGGACCUGGAGGUGCUGGUCGCCCCUACUCACAGCCUCGCCAAGAUCGAGCGGAGUCUCGCCAACAGCCUGUUUCCCAUCGACCAGUCGAAGCACAAGCUGUACUCGGAUCUGCACACCCCGGGCAGAUAUGGCAGGCUGAUCCUGCUGGCAAAGUCCGGGGGGAACAUCCUGGAGCUGGCCGACCAGGUCCUGCAGGUCCACAAGCAGGUGUUGGAUUUGCGCGUCAAUUACAAGGGAUUCAAUUACACGUUCGCGCACCUCUGCGUCCUGAGCCACAGGGACAAGCGCUGCCUCUUGGAUGAUAUCAUCACCAUCUUCGAGGAUAUCAGACAGGCGGUGCUUUCCAACAGCACUUUCCUUAAGGUGCCCGUGAGCUAUCCAAACACAACAUUAAAGGAUGGCCGUGUGUCCUUCAUCGGCCACCAGCUGGGUGGCGUGUCCUUCUCACCCAACAGCCGGGACCAGCAGGUCAAGUUCGCCCGUGCUGUCCAGAUUACCUACUACCUCCGCAACCAUGGCCCUGUGGUGCAGGAUGCCAUCGCAGAGCGCUGGGAGAACGAGUUCUGCGCCCUGGUCAACCGGCUGUCCACAGUCGAGGCCCCCCAUGCAACCGACCAGCUCCACGUCCAGUCGCUCACCUCCUUCAGCCUGUGGCGGGAUUUCCACCAGACCGGCGUCUUGGCCAAGGGGGAAGUGCUGGUCAGUCUCGUGCUGGUACUCUUGGCCGCCACCAUCUCCAGCUCCAUGCGGGACUGUCUAAGGGGGAAGCCGUUCCUGGGCCUCCUGGGCGUGCUGACCAUCUGUAUCGCCAACGUCACGGCUGCAGGAAUCUUUUUUAUAUCAGACGGGAAGUUCAACUCCACGCUGCUAGGAAUCCCAUUCUUUGCUAUGGGCCAUGGAACUAAAGGAGUGUUUGAGCUGCUGGCGGGAUGGAGGAGAACGAGAGAAAACCUCCCCUUCAAGGAGCGCGUGGCGGAUGCCUUCGCUGACGUGAUGGUGUGCUACACCAUGACCAGCUCGCUUUACAUCAUCACCUUCGGAAUGGGAGCCAGCCCCUUCACCAACAUAGAGUCUGUGAAGAUCUUCUGCCAGAGCAUGUGCGUCGCCAUUCUGGUCAACUACUUCUAUGUGUUCUCUUUCUACGGCUCCUGCCUCGUGUUCGCCGGACAGCUGGAGCAGAACCGCUACCACAGCGUUUUUUGUUGUAAAAUCCCCUCGGUGGAGUACCUGGACCGCCAGCCCACAUGGUUCAAAACCAUGAUGAGCGACGGCCACGACUUGUCCACACACCACGACAGCAUCCCCUAUCAGAACCACUUCAUCCAGCACUUUCUGCGCGAGCACUACACAGAAUGGAUUACCAACACCUACGUGAAACCGUUUGUGGUCAUCCUGUACCUCAUUUACGCCUCGUUCUCAUUCAUGGGAUGUUUACAAAUCAGCGACGGAUCCAAUGUGGUCAACCUGCUGGCUAGUAACUCUCCGAGUGUGACGUAUGCUAUGACCCAGCAGAAGUACUUCAGUAACUACAGUCCUGUGAUCGGGUUCUACAUUUAUGAGCCCAUCGAGUACUGGAACUCCACGGUUCAGGAGCAUCUGAAGACUCUGAGUCACGGUUUCAACAAAAUCUCCUGGAUGGACAAUUUCUUCCACUACCUGAGGGUGGUGAAUGUGAGCGCGUCGACGAAAAACGACUUCAUCUCCAUACUCAAAGGCUCCUUCCUGCGCAGCCCCGAGUACCAGCACUUCACAGAGGACAUCAUAUUCUCCAAGAACCGCGAGACCGACGAGUACGACAUUAUCGCCUCAAGGUUGUACUUGGUGGCGCGGACGACGGAGAAGAAGCGGGAGGAGGUGGUGGAGCUUCUGGAGAAGCUUCGCCCGUUGAUGCUCAUCAACAGCAUCAAGUUCAUCGCCUUCAAUCCUACAUUUGUAUUCAUGGAUCGCUACAGCUCGUCCGUCAUAUCGCCCAUCCUAACCUCAGGCUUCAGCGUGCUCACAAUCCUCAUCCUCACUUUUUUUCUCGUCAUCAACCCCUUGGGGAACUUCUGGCUCAUUCUCACGGUUACCUCUGUAGAGCUGGGCGUCUUGGGUCUGAUGACCCUGUGGAACGUUGGCAUGGACAGCAUCUCGAUCCUGUGCCUUAUUUAUACCCUCAACUUUGCCAUGGAUCACUGUGCGCCACAUCUGUACACUUUUGUGCUGGCCACCGAGCACACCAGGACACAGUGCAUCAAGCUGGCGCUGGAGGAGCACGGGGCGGCCAUCCUGCAGAACGCAUCCUGCUUCGUGAUAGGGAUCAUGCCCCUGGUAUUUGUGCCUUCCAAUCUGACCUACACACUGUUCAAGUGCUCCCUCCUCACCGCGGGCUGCACCGUGCUGCACUGCUUUGUCAUCCUGCCCGUUUUCCUGACCUUCUUCCCGCCGUCCAAAAAGAGGCACAAGAAAAAAAAACGGGCCAAGCGUAAAGAGCGGGAAAGGGAGAGGGAACGGGAAAGAGAGAGAGAGCGAGAACGAGAGGAGAUAGAGUGCAUUGAAGUCAGGGAGAAUCCUGAUCAUGUAACAAACGUCUGAGUAGUUUGUUAUGUAGUCAAUGAGCAGUGGAUCUGGUAUCUGUCAGAUAAUGGUUGAAUACAGGUGUCUCCCCAAUGGUGAGAUGCCUAUUGAGCUGCAGGGGAGUGCAAGAUGUUCCUAGAGGAACGGGCUCUGGUCACUCCCAACCAAUAGCAGCUGAGCUUGCCAGAGUAGAGUGCAGCCCGACUGAGCAGUCAUUCAGUUUAGACGGUGUGUCUCAUUUGCACAAACUGUAACAUGUUUCACGGUUCUAAAUUGUUCCCUCGCUGUUUGGUUUCUGAAAUAAAUACUUACUAGAACUUGUGAAUGCUAAGUUCUGAACAUACAAUAUGUAAAACCAUUUACCGAUUAGCAAUUCUUUGUUCACUUUCUGCAGUCCUGAUCUCAAACGUGUAGUGAGUGAGGGGCAGAGCAGUCUGUAAAGCCAAGGACACUUAGACAAAGUUUGUGAAGGUACAACACAAAAAGGGUUACAAAACUAAACAUGUGCAGGAGACUACUGUGUUCUCCACAUACUUCACACACCUCGAUAAUAGCAGAAGAAAACAAAACCAAAAGAGAGCGCAAGCAGCCUUGGAAAGAAAGCACACCACAUGCUUUUCUGUUACAUUAUAAAUAGAAUAACAGCUGAACUGGGCAGAUGGCAUUCACUGUGUUCAUUGUGAAGAAUGAUCUUGCACACUGCAUCUUGUGAGCAGGACUGUCGAGGUUUAUAUUAGCGGGAGGCUAACACUUACUACUGCAUUAUUCCAAGGGUCCUAAGUGUGAGGCAAUGGCAUGAGAAGCUGCGGUGGCGUGCAGGUUAUGAAGAGGAAAUGAUUAAGGAGUGUUGUAAAGAAGUAUUUAAAAAUGACUGUUGCCUGAGUAUAUCCUAAGUCAAUCCCAAACUGUGUUUGCACGGGAACAGUCAAACCAAAAGAGAGAAGAGUCCCCAGUGUUGAAGCGCAAGGUUGUUAGCAGGUUGCUAACAUUGGAAGGGUUUCUGUCAGAGUAUGAAUGUCUCUGUGAUCCUCUAAUGAAAGCUAUGGCACUGAUUACUGGAAGGUCUGAAUGUUAUUCAAAAACCUGCAGGGGUGCCAAAUAGUGUACAGAUGUUUUUGAAUAUUUUUUAUAAAAAAAAUUUAAAAAAAGUCUCAGUAAAUUUUAAUUUUUAAUAGAAAUCAAACAUAAAUCAUGAUUUAUCUGAGCUGAUUUAUUGAUUGCUUAUUAAUAUUGUUCAGGUUUGUUAAGCAGAUCAUGAAGCAGGCUUGAAAUAAAAGCAGGGAAGAAAAUGUGCACGUUUUUUUUACUCGUGUAAAAAUACUGACGGAGCUGAGGUGACACGAGGACUUCCAGGUUUUGUUCCUGAAGUAGAAA